AUGAUCCACUACUUCUACUUCCUCGACUAUGAGGUCGGCAAGCGUGGUGCUGGCCUCGAGACUCCUGCUGUCGCAGCAGACCUAGUAUCCGAAGACGACCACGCACUCGCCCAUGCCAAGAUCUUCGCGGUGGCAGAGAAGUACCAAGUACCAGGAUUGAAAGAGCUGGCGGUCGGGAAAUUCAAGGCCGCCAUGGAGGUCCACGAGAAGCAUCCCGACUUCGCAGAGGUUGUCACCACUGUGUUCGCCACCACGCCAGAGACCGUCCGAGACUUGCGCGACAUCGUAUCGACGAGACUAACGACCAAUCCCAAUUUGCUAGACAGCAAGGACAUUGAGAGCGCAGUCAACAGCGUGAGCGGAUUGACAUUUGAGCUGCUCCGUCAAGCCCACAAGGCGACAGCGGCGCUAAAAAUGUCACGGACAAACUGGGGUCCUCCAACGACGUGCUACAGAUGUCUUCGAUUUGCGAAACGGUGCGGGACCUGUAAAUAG